AUGGCGAUAUUGCGGCGUCUGGCCGUUUUCGCCGCCGUUCUGCUGUUUGCCGAGAACUCGGCAGCUAAGCAUCUCCAUCGCAACACGGCGCACAGACUAGAAGUCGCAUUGCCCGGCAAUCACAGACAGAAGCAGGCUUAUGUCAAACCCAACACCGUGUCUGAAGCUAGGCAUCAGGCUAAGCUGUCUAUGACGCCACCUUCAGCAGACUCACGGAACGACUCAAAGGAAGCAGACAAGAUUGAGGAGGCGCGUGAUGUUAUGGCGGAAGAUUUUAUGCGCGGCCGGGCUUCUGUUGAGUUCCCUGCCGGCAAUCCCUACGCCAAGAUAGACCCCCAGAAGAGCCUCAUCGGCGCCAUUCUAGUUUUUGGGUUCUACCUCUUGGGUACUAUGCUAUACAACUACAUCCGGAAAGUAACGGAGCAGAACCGCGUAGAGCAAGCAUUGCGCGACUACGAGGAGGAGAAAGAGCACUACAUCGAGUACGGGGAAACGGUCGAUGUGGCCGGCUCCGGGUCAUGA